GGCGGUAUGAAUGGUCAACUCUACCCGACUUUUCAGAAUUGCAAAUCUAAAGAAAGAAUUCUAAAGAAAUGGCUUGAAAUCGCAGGAAUAAGGCAGUACGUACGGAAUAAUUGAUUAAUAAGCACCAUACGACCAUUCCUUCUUUUCCUAGCAGCCAAAUCAUUGCGAUAUGGUUGUGUAACGUCUUUUCCCAGCGCUCGUAUGAGUAGGGUGAGAUGGUGUGCGUGUAGCAUGGUGUCGACGCGCUCUGGCUGGUUUGCUGAGGUAAACACGAAACCAAGCCGCGGUGGUUCGUUCCGUUCAUUCGAUCUAGCACGUCCGAGUCGAUAGCAUCUAACCGGGUCGCUAUUCGCUCCUGUACAUAAGAAAAAGUAUCUCACAGCAAGGAGUGUAAAAGAGAUAGAGCAACGCUGCUGUGUAUCGCGCAAGAACGAGAUAGUGAGUGUUGACAAAGGGAUAGUAAACGCUCUGAGAAAGGAAACGGCACCGACCCGCGUACCGUGUACCUACUCCGUAGUGCUAACAACAUUCAGCGGCGAUAGAAAGGGAUUUCCUCUUCCUUUGCGGACCUUGUUUAUCUUUGUUAUUGCUGUUGUUUUUCGCUGCGGAUCGAUUCAGUGCGUCUGAAACACAGUCGUAGAGCAGUCAGUAACCGAGAGUGUGUGCUUGUGUGUGUGUGUGUGUGUAUAUAUAUAUAAGAAAGGGGUCGUUUUUUCUUGCAUUGUGGGUUCGUACAUCCCCUGCUCCAUCGUGAAUGACGUCGGAGGUCAAGCUCUGUUUGUGUGCUCUGUUUUGAGAAGUUAGAGCCCACACAUUUCGGGUAACGGCCCGACAGUGAAAACAGUGUAUAUCUUGCCAGAGCGCGACCGUGUUGGUUGUGUUAGUGUGGAUUAGAUUCAGAGUACGCCCGUUCAAAACGAGCACAAGAAAAAGCAUUACCGAAAGUGCUGCAGUGCGAUAGUGCUAUUCACAUACUUGCUCUGCUUUAGCGGGUAGUUCACUAUUAAUCGCAACUUCGUGUAAAACACUGGACGUGAUUCACCUGCAAAAAAGAGCAAAGUGUAAAGCGAAACCGAAUAGUAACACAAAAACACAUCACACAGCAGCUCUUCAUACUGUUUUGGUGUAUGCUUCCCACGUACGCCAGCAGUGCAGACAAGAAAUAGUGAAACUACGGGCAGUCUACGUUGCCAGUGCACUACCACUACCACAGGCAGCUCUCGCCAGGUGCGCAGAAAGAAGGUAGCAACUGCAGAUUGUGUUCGAGUUGCCAGUCCAGGGCGUGUGUGUACGUUCCGAUUGCGCUUGCUUCAGGAAGAAACGAGAAAGGAGGCGACGCGCAGUGUGCCGAGCAAAAGAAAAUAAAACAUCAUUUUCAACCGCAGUUGCCAAGACGUUGCUGUGCUGUAUCGAGGAAACGGAACCAAGUUCACACCUCCGACAGAAACAUACGUCCCGCGGAGCUGUGGAGAAAUUUUUCCCUCGCCUACUCUGUAACAAAAGCAAGGAAAACAUCCAUAGGAAAUUGAAAAGUCGUUCGUGUGCUUUAUCCUUGUCUUUUUUGUUGCAGCACCCAUUUGAUACGCACUGUUGCGUGUAGUAUAUCAAACAAACAAACAAACAAAAAACUCCGGGGAGAACCGUUGCACUGCUUCAACGGAGGAAAAAAAUACAGCCGCACACGAAGUUAGCAUAGCUAGUAGCCGCCGUAAGCAAUCAAUGAAAACGCAUAGCGUACUGUUAUCAUAAGCUCAAUUCAAGCCAGGCAGUGCCAGUGCUGUGAGUGAAAGAGCACGAAGUGGAACGAAUCGUCGAGUGCAUUUAACGUAUCUAGAACCGGAAAACUCUUCGUCAAGAGUUACAGUAAAAAGAGCACCACAUUCACACAAACAUCCAGAACGAGCUUGCCAGGAGUGCGGUCUACAAUUGAAAACAAACUAGUCGAAAUAAAAAGCUGGUUGGUUUAGUUUCUGUGUGUGUGUGUGUGUGUUGGCACGUGUCAGUGUGUUUGUGGAUUGGUUAAUCCGCUUUGAGGAUUGCAUCAGCUAAAACAACGGACGGAAUUUGCAGAAAUUAGAGUGUGCCGAGUGUGUUGCUGAUGGUUACGUUGUAUUGCGUUUAACGUUUGCGGCAGAACCAACAGUGUGCGUACGUGUGUGUGUGUAUGUGAGUGCGCAAGCGUGAGUGUAUUGGCAAAUAUUUCAUCGGUCGUGAAUCUAUUAUUAUUAUUGCUGCAACCAUCGCUCAACCGACAGAAAAGGGCGACAGCGAUUUCGGUCGCGUCCAGAGCAACUGCACCACCAUCACCAGUGUUUGUGAGUUAACACUGUCGCGAAGUAGUGAUCCUGAUAGCGGCAGUAGCAGCGAAGGCAUCGUCACAAUGCCGAGCAAGCAGACGAAUGACGUGCUGGCGGUGGAAGAGCUGGUACACGAAAUCCGCGAAAACCUGCGCCUGAAAGCGAAACCUGCACACCAGGCGACGCGAAGCUCCCGGCCCUCGCCCUACCACAUACCCUGCCGGUCCUGGUCGGAGCCUGUGUGCGGCAGCGGCACGGAGAAGGCGAAGGCGGCGAACAAGGCGAAGACGAAAGGCGAAGAGACGAUAGACGAUCCGUACGAGUUUCUGCAAACCCUGCUGAAAAACAACAAUCUCGUGAAAGAAGCCGUCCGCCGGUUGCAGCAUGGCCUCUCGCCAAAGCAACGAUACUUCUACGAGAGCGACGAGGAAUCGUCCCGAUCGCCAAUCGUUGUCAUGUGUCAGCUAGAAUCCUAAGUAGCAGUUAUAUGUAUAUGCAAAACAAGCACCUACACUGAAAGGGCGUCGUCCAUUACGGAAUGUUGUGGAACGGAGGAUGGAUAUAACAUAAUUAAAAUCAUAAUACUAGACAUAGACGCAAUAGCAAUUAAAUUGUUACACGUAACUUUGUAUUAAUCCACUCUUAAUUUGACACUUAUAGGGCAGCCAUCAUUCUGGCUCGUCUAGCCAGGGGUGAACGAUUGAAUUUUUUUUUUCUUUUUUCUUUUGGGAGUAGCAUAGAUCCAUCUUUGUGCAAAUGUCUUUAUCAGUAAUUGUUUACUUCGGAACAAUCCACUGCUAUUUGUUUGGGCUUCACAUGUUUGCUCUACUUUGAUAAUGUUUUCUCAUUACCCCCCUCCCACGCCUUACUUCUGCACAUAAUAUCUGUACUGCCAAACAAGCCCUUAUUAUGUUUCUCUCAAAGCAGAUGUAAUUAAUGGUAUCGACCAAGAUGCUCUUACUACCAUCGCUGCUCUCCUAAAGCAUGCUGUUCUAUCGGGGGCGAAUGCCGGAUGGAUUCACCUAGAAAAACCUUAAAGGGCGAAUGUGUGCGCAUGCGCUUUGAAACAAAAUCAGGCUCAGUUUUUGAUUUCCCUCUCUUUUGCAAUGGGAACCACAAUGGUUACAGCAAAAGUCCUGCAGUAUUCCAAUUUGAUCACAAUUUAUGUGGCUUAUAUAUUUACACAAUGUUCAAUUAUGAUUUGAAAUUCAUCUUCGUCUUCUUUCUAAAACAAAACCUAUGGUACCAUCGACCAUUCACUGCCUGUCGUGCAGUGAAUAUUCCAUUUACCCUUGCUUAGAAGCAACGCAAAGCAUGUGUCCGUAAGUUGAUAACCAUUUCAGACGAUUUUGUUUUUUGCACAUGUACAUUGCCCGAGCAAACGGUAGUUGUCCGUAUUCGGAAGUGCAUGUUGUAGACGCGUUAUGCCAUUUUGUGUAACUUAAUCUCAUUUUUGCAUACGGCGCUUUCCAAUGAAAAAUUUGCAGAAAUUAGAGUGUGCCGAGUGUGUUGCUGAUGGUUACGUUGUAUUGCAUUUAACGUUUGCGGCAGAACCAACAGUGUGCGUACACCUUUUAUUCCACAGCGCAAAUGGCACGGUACUGCUUCUCCAAACAAUGCUGAUGCGUUGAGCUCCUUAAAAAGGUGCGACAGCGCCAAGCUAUCAUAAAGAGUCGAGUAACAUUUGAAUGUGUAGGCUCGGAAAAUCGAUAGACUAGAGGUGCUUGAUUCGGUUGAAACGCCUGGGACAUGUCUGAGGCUUGGCAGUGGGAAGUACACAAAUAUUGGGGGACCACGAGUCUGCAUGAUGCAAUAUGCGGUUAUCGGCCACCGGGCCAAAGUGCUACAGCUCUUCAUACGAAAGCGUUGGCACGUUAAAAGUGGACGUAGUUUUUUUUUUUUUUUGGUUGCCUUUGUCCCACAACGUGCGUGUGGCGCGAUACGUGUUAUCUCGCCCUUUUUGCUUCUCUCCUUCUCACUGUGAGUAUAUCGCAGGGCUUUUCACGUAUAGAAUAGGAGUGAGUAACUCCUGUUAAUGAUAACAAAAAAAUGGCAAUAAAAACUUUGCCGAUGGCGGGACGACGAGACUACGUCGGCA